AACUUGACAAUGGAAAGCAACUACACAACUGAAGAAGAACAUUAUCUAUGUGAGGUUAACUUUCCAACCUUUACUGGCACUUUGUUCAUAUUGAUCUUCAUCAUCAGUGUCAUAGGCAACAGCCUCCUCUUAUGUGUUCUCUUCAUCUACGAGAACCUGAAAAGUAUCACCAAUAUUUUCAUCCUGAACCUGGUCUGCUCUGAUUUGAUCUUCACCAUCACACUUCCAUUCUGGGCUGUUGAUUAUCUACACCACUGGGUCUUUGGAGACCUUUCCUGCAAAUUCAUAACUGCUCUAUUCUUUGUUGGUCUGUACAGCAGUGUCAUUCUGCUGACUGCGAUGACAGUGGAUCGUUUCAUUACUGUGGUGCUGCACAACCAGCUGAACAAACUAGAUAGAAAGAAGUACGCAAUUGGUGCUUGUGUAGCUGCCUGGGUCAUCAGCAUCUCUGCAUCCCUGAGGGAAGCUGUGAGCACAAAGGUGGGAAACUGGGAGAAUUAUACCUAUUGUGAGACAUCUGAAGACAAACUCGGGCAACACCUCCAAGUGUCACUGCUAUUCUUCCUCCCAUUUGCCAUUGUUAUUUUCUGCUAUUCUGCCAUCCUCAAGAAGGUUUUACAAGCUUUAAACAGAAAGAAGCACAGGACUGUAGCUGUGCUGUUGUGUAUUGUUGCAGCAUUUUUCAUUUGCUGGGGGCCAUACCAUAUUAUGUUUUUAAUCAAUUCUCUCUAUACACCCAAAGAUUGUAAAACACAGGAACGGUUGGCUAUCACGUCUCGUAUUUGUGAAAUGCUUGCCUAUUCUCACUGCUGCAUGAACCCUCUGCUGUAUAUGAUCUCACAGAAGUUGCGAAAGCAUCUGUUGAAUCUUUUGCACUGUGAAAAUGUGUGCAGGAAGAACAGGGAGAGAGACACUGGGCGGAACACAACUAUUAGCCAGAAAGUUGUUUUCACAGAACAAGCUACUGCUGUCAACGAGGACCUGCAUGACUAUCCAUUAAACAAUCUGUCUUAAAUUUACAUAUUGAUUUAAUUUGUAAAUGCUUUUACAUAAUAUCUAUUUUUCAGUUUUUCAUUGAGCCAUUUAAGAAAACAACAACAACAUAUGUGCAUUUCACUGCAUUCCUUUGCAUUCACACUGUUUUG